GCGAAUAUAGCUUAACUUGUCUCUCGAGCCUCUAAAUCUAUCAAAACAUGAGAAACGAGAAGGAGACGUUGACAACAAUCAGCCAAGCGACAGCAGACGCGUUGAAUCAGGUGACCCGAACAUGCUAUUAAACUAAACAAAUAAAGUUUAUAAAAGUCUGGAAACAGAACUUUUUUGUGUUGAGGAUUUCUAUCGCACUUGCAGGCAAGAUUAGCAAAAACAAUCCUUCGCUGCUGUCUCGUACUCAAAACUUGACCUUGGUAGCCCGAAAAGAGGAGCAUGAUGAAGGUCAACUUGUUCGGAACACUGACAUGAAUACAAGCUCGAGUAAUCAGCAAGGCUCUUGGAGCUUCGAGGACAUGACGUUCGUUCUGAAGCAUUCGUGUAUAGCAAGACUUGAUGAAGGAGAUACGAGAAAGGCGGACAGCUAUCUAAAAACGUACCUUCGUAAGAAGAACAACUAGGCCAAGCUACUUGUCAAAUCUGAGGACGACCCAUGCUGGUUUCUGGUACUGAAAUGUGGUGAUAGGCAUGAGAUACACUAAUAAUUCUUUAAAUGAAAGUAAAGAGUUCGAAAGAAGUAAGUAAAGUUGACAAUGAUCAAAACUCAACUACAGAUAGUAACACAGGACGAAACUCUCAAAAGAGGAACACACCCCAACUACACCCGCGGAAAAGACCCUUAGGCUAGCCAGAUCACGCCCCGGAAAAGCACAAAGCAUAAGCUAUUGAACGGAAAACUCUCCUCAUGAUACACCUCGGCCCGUCCCUUGUAAGCUCGCAACACGGAUCCUUACAUACGAUUCUGUCAUGUCUGUCAUGUCCUGGCCGGGACUUUUUCGCGUCAAUGCCGACGGCAAAAGGUGAUGGGAACGAGGAGUCUAUACUCCGAACAACCAACCCAACCCACAUUAUUGUACGGUGUCCGUAAGUGUGUAUGGUCCGUGGAGUGUGGAGGUGUGGGGUGUAGGUGAGGCAAGGCAUGUUGGCUUACUAGCUUACUGGCACACACGUCUGAAGUGUGUGAGAGGGCAAGGUAGCCUGGAAAUGCCAUGUGCCAUGUGCCAUGUGUCGUCGCGUUGCGGUGUAAGAGACCAGUCUCGAACCAGGAUCGAUCCGUAAGGCCAUCCAUCCUAAGAACGGAUACGACGAAAGGAAUAGAUAGCAAGGGAGAAGUGAUCAUGCGGUCCUGUCCGUCGUAUCCCAGCACUGUCGUAUUCUUAUCUGACCUUGAUAUCGGAACUCAAUCGGAAGGGAGAGAAAAGAGAUGUCCCGAUCGUCGGGUCAAGGGAAGAGAAAGAAGGUUCAACGACGGAUUUAAGCUUGAUUUUUCAAGGAAAAUGGAUAUCAAGAAGCAGAAAAAGAAAAAAAGAGAGGGAGGACAGGAGAUCUGGUAUGGCCAAUCGGUGAGGAUCUGCAGGGUGGAAUGAUGUGCGUGAUGGGGCUUCACUUGGCCACGCGAGGAAAGCAUGGCAUCGGACCCUGAGGUAUGUUUUGGGAAGGUACAUAGGUACAUAUCGGUAUUUUCAGUGGGCGAUGAGUGGAGUGCCGAUACGGCAGUGCAUUGAUAACAGAGUGGGUGAAGAUUCUGAGAAAGCUACAGUGCCAUUCUUUGUGAUGGGACUCACCAUAGAUUUCCACGAUUGGAAGGAGGUAUUUUGAUAUGGAGUUCGAGGUCACGAGUAAAGUCAGUUACCUAGAAGUGAAGCGAGGAUCCAUUGAUCUCGGCCCUUCUUUCUUGCACUCCUACACUUCUAGCUUCGAGAGGACUGACUGAUUUACCUUGCUGCCCAACCUAGUUUCCCUACCUGUCUCCUGUCCCUUGUUACCCCAUAUUUCUGCACAUGCCAAACCUAAGCACUGCGACGCUGUCACCUUCUAAAGUGUGGAGAGCAUAAACCUUCUCUCUCUCCAUGCCUGCAUAGCGCGCCAGUCGAUCCCCCCAAGAGAAUUGGCAUUCUUCCACCAGCCUCGGAAUCCGGGGAAAAAAGGGCCGUGAGAUAUACCCAGCCCCUCCCCAAAUUUCUCCAUACCCCGAUUCCCCCAUCUUCUGUUUUCCUCUGUCUCCAAAGUUGGGAGGAAAAGAAAGUUCUCUAGUAUCAGUUUCUCGAGUCAGGCAAAUUAGGUUCGGGCUAUCUCCCUAUUCAGCACACCCCAUCUUCCCCUCAUUCGCUUCGGACAUUCUACCGCUUCGAGCCUCCGGAACGUGGGUGGUCUCCUCAAUUUGUUCCAGAACCCAUACCUGAAAUGUGACAUUUUUCGGAUUAUCGAUACGCCGAAAACGAACUGCGCUCCUCCGAUGAAAACUUCCGUGCAUCUCACCUCUCGUCUGUUCUCGAUGGCCCCUGCCCGCCUUGGAACCGUUCCUUCUGCAGAUCUUCUGGUGGCAGUCUGUCUCUCUUCACUCUUGAGAGCGAGGCGGAGGACGGGUCCUGAAUGAAUGACUCUGAAGCUUCGGCGCUGGUGAGUUCAGCAACCUACAGCUACCUAACCUGAGCCUAGAUCCGUCUAUUCCGUAUUUGACAGACGAGGAGGAGCAGAAGUUGUUGAGCUGCUGGCACGGACGGACAUCCAGCCUCCGAAAAUACCUACUGCUGUACAUCCCGUGGUGAACCCAUCACAUCUCACAAGUACCGGCGGUCUCCAGACCAAGUCAGCCACAGAUCAAUCGUGUAUAAAUAUGUUGAGCCAUCAUGGCCCAUAGGUCGGCAGGUAGCGAGGGAGCUUGUUCCACCACAUCUGCAAGAUUCCAAAAGCGGAAGUGCUUGCGGACUCUUUUUUUUUGGGCCGUCCAUGUCAGUUUCUCGCUGGGACAUGAGAGAAAAGGAUAAUAAUAAGAUGGAUUGAUGUGAUAUUGCGGGGUGAAUUGUGGCGGGGGUUGUGUUGGGGGAGGCGGUUUCAUCGACCAGCUCGCCAGGUAAACUGCAUGGUGGUAAUUUCUUGAGAGAGGUGGGGCAGGCAGCAUUUAAACUCCCAUGUCAAGCGUAGCCGCUUCAAGCUGGGGAAGCGAUGCGAUGAUGGAUAGGAUGGGAUGGUGAGAGGGGAGCGAAUUGAUUCGAGAGGUUGUCGAGUCAGAGGGCUCGCUUUCCGAGAUCCGAAUGUGGUGUCCGAUGAAGGCGAGCGACAGGAGGGAGUUGUUCUCCGGCUCUGGGUUCGGGAUUGAAAGAAUGGCGAUGAUUGGCUUUGUGGAACAUUUUGAUUGAAAUAAGGAUUCGGGAAAGUGUUUGUGCAAUGCGUUGUACGACCGUUUUGACACAUUUGUUGUCUCUGAAAGAUAGAAUGGGGCGAUGAGAAAAGGCGGAAUGACGAGGAGGCGUUCUUUGGAAGUAGAUGAGGCUCUUCCAACCUUUGAUCUUCAAACACAACUGUGAACACAACAUAAAGGUCCCGAACCCGACAAGCUCUCCUCUCCUCGCUUAGAUCUGCACUACCAGCGGCGGAAAACUUGGUUUGGAAAAACACAUGGCGUUUUGAUUGAAAUUUCAGGGUCUUUUCAUCGUACAACGCACCUAACCAGGUAUCCGGAGCAUAAUCCCAUUGAGUGAUAGCUGCAGUGGGUUUGAAGCACGACUUUAGCCGCGGACAACACGUAACUUUGCCGUUUGAGAAGAGUGACAAAACGGUGAUCUUCAACUCCGCGCGAUGGGACCUUCCGCAAUCGCGAGAUCCGGAGUGAUACCGAGCCAGACUGACUGGACAUUGCAGGGCUGAAAUGUGAGAUGCAUGCGCCCCAAUCAUAAAUCUUACUUUUUCUACACAGUUGGACGCCUCCCAUGAAGGCUUGAUGCUCGAAUUCAGGCACAUCGCAACCCUCAACACCAGACGGCAACGUGGACCUGCUAGGCCGAGAGAUGUCUACUUUUCAACAAAAAUAGUAUGUAUGUGUAUGCCUUGAAGAAGAACCUAAUUGCUGCUGACGAGUAAGUAAGGCAGUGAAGAAAUAGCUGAGGGCAGUAUGCAUAGAGCGAGCAGACAUGAUGCUGCAGCCACAGCGGCUCCUCUUGUGACUUGCAAAGAAAUAGAUUAAAUUUUGUACACCUGUGCCUGGUUCUCGAAAGGUACGUACAGGGGAGAAAGCCAAAAUUGUAUGGAUGUCUCUCCGUGGCUGGCCUGUCACAGAAGGUUGUUCUUCGGUGUCGGAUCGUAGGGACGAGAAGGCUUCUAGAGCUUGCUGGUAAUCCCUGUAUUUUCUAGGGAGCUGCAGAGAGCUGCAGCUUCUUUUCAGUGUCUACCACUCCAAGAUCCCUACAACCACGCCCUUACCGCUGGCAUGCACCCAGUGGUUUAGUGAUUCGAACCAGCGCUUCUGUUCCUUCGUCUCCAUAAACGAAAACCCAAUGACCCCUACCGUACUGCACCGCAUUGGGAGCACGAAAAUCGAAAUGCUGACCCUAGACCAGACUUGCUGCAACCAUGGAGCGGGGACGGGGACUCGCAGCUGAAAUUGGCAUCUCGUCCGCAAGGUACAGAUUGCAGGGUUUGGGCGUUUUACAGGAAGAAGGAAAGGAUGACGGGAGCAUCACUGUCAAGAAAGUGUAAGCAUGACUUGGGUAGAGCGAUUAACUCGGGAGUAGAGCAGGAAGCUUACAGAGGAUAUAUUGACAAUGAUUCGAGGUCUGGUGCGUCCAUCCAAGGAAGACUCAUCUGAUCAGACUUUGAUCUGCCGGUUGUCCCCUUUAUUUAGUUUUCAUUGCUUUCAUUUCUUUUCAACUCAUUUGCCUCCUCAUUAUUCCCCUUUCUCUCCUCUCAUCAAACAUCCCGCCUCGGUACCAAAGAAAACAUCGAAUGCCAAACCGACAAGGCAGAUCAUCUCAUUGACAGCCGGCGCUUUGAUCUGCGUUCCCUGCUUCUUCGUACCGUACCGUGUUGCUCUCGGCCCCAUAUCAUCCAUUGUCAUCUUAUCUGUCACCGCCAUCUGGAUACCCAAGGAUGGAGCUUUAGCAAAACAAGACCAGACGGCCCCCAAAAAAGCUCCAAAGUCAAACUUCCCCAAGCGAGCCAAACCUUCAUCCAAGGCUAGCAUCCACUGUACCGUGUCAUAAGCUGCAAAUCCCUCCCCUGGCACUUCCACCCCGCAAUCUCAUCUGGAAUCAGCGUAAAACGGAGCGGAGCAUGGCAUGAGCCAGGGAGGUGUACGACUACUGUCCUGUCCUGUACUAAACCUAGACCUUGUAGACCACUACUACUACCACGGGUACUACUCCAGGUCUCCUUUCCUGGGAAGAUACAAGAUCAAGCUGUUCUGCCUUUCGGGAACGAAUCUUAUUUUGCCUUUCCAGCGACUUGUUCACUCAGGUCUUGCUUGCUUGCAUUGCAUCUGUCGUCUCGUCUCAUCCCCUCGUCCAGAAGUCCAGGUCUCUCCCCAGCCGCAAUAUCAACAUCGACAGCGGACCCCAAACAUCCCAAGGUACUUCGGUACUUACUUAGGUACAUCUCGACGCCUCAUUCAUCGCUUCAAGCUUUACAAUUCCCUCACCUACCUGACACUUGACGGACUCAUACGAACGCCACAGGCAACCUCGGCAUUUUUGAACCUCCUCUCAAUCUAUCUCCCCUUCUUUUUUUUUUCUCUCCCCAGGCCAGGCCGGUCCCUGGAUCCCAGCUCCCACACACAGCUGUCAGUUGAUCAGGAGUGGAUCAAUUGCCCCUUCACAAAGUCACAACAAGGCCUGCAAAAGCUGGGGCAGACCAAUCCAGCCCGAGCAUAGCCGUUCUCCCAGUGCGGGCAAAGCGUACGAUUGGCGCCCUCAUCGCCCAUCUCCAGCAUUCCAAGUCUACCAAACCCACCGAAACCCACCAAAAGAGUCCACCCUGCCCCGAGUCAACUGCAGCUCCCAUUUGGCACUGCACUGGACCGCACAGCUCCAACGGCAAACCUUUCUCCCCCAUAAGCUGUGCCACUGCGACUACUGCCACUGCUUCCAUUUCCAUCAGACUUCCAUCCCGCCUUUUCUACGCAGGCCCCCCAGACUUUAUUACACUUUCCACAAUUCCUCGCCUUUGCCUGGACGAGACCACUCACGGCGUGCUGAGAGCGCCAUGCGCCUUGGUCAGCCUUUAUGAUGUAACGGAACAGCUUACUCCUCACACACCCUCUUCCUCGGUUUAGCUUGCUCGCGAGCCCAUUGGAUUUCAGUUCGAUCGCUUCGUCUCGUUCGCGCCGCUGCGCUUGCUUCUUCAUCAUGUCAGUCCGGCCGCAGGUGGGCAUUGAACGACUCCCAGCACGUCGCAUGAGCAACGAGCCACGAGAAUCAAUGAAUUGCAAGAGCUGUCGGAAGCGCAAGAUCAAGUGCAAUCGGCUGCGGCCGACUUGCGAGGCUUGCCAGGUCUUCCAGUGCCCGUGUGUUUAUGAUGCCGUGCCGAAGAAACGAGGACCGAAGACUGAUGUACUGGAGGCGUUGUUGAAGCGCGUGGAUGGAUUGGAGAGGCGGUUGAAGGAUGAGAAGAAGUCGAGCUCGGAGAGCAAUGAGGGUUCGGCCGGCGACAAGGAGAGUCCCAAUAGCGAUACCAAACCCAAACGGCCACAACUCGAGACGGCAAACAUACCCAACGAAUCGGCUGUAUACUCUCCUACUCCCAUAAGUGAACCUUCGCCUCCAGCGGUCCAACCGGAUGUUCUCCUCGACACAUACUUCUCGCGAUGCCAUGGCAAGGCUUAUUAUAUACUCGACGAAACAACAGCGCGGCAGCGCAUGCAAUUGAAUCAGAUCCCAUCAUAUCUCGUCUUUGCAAUAUAUGCUGUUAGUGCAAGAUAUACGGCGCAUCCGAACGGGUACCAUGCUGCGGUACGACUCAGUGAGGAUUACGCGAUACGCGCGAGGACGGAGCUGGAUAUCGAUGCUCCGUCGGUAGACUGCUUACAGGCUUUGUUAUUGCUAGCGGUUGCAUUUACGGCUGCUGGGAAGGGCAAGAAGGCACAUAUGAUGCUAUCGAGUGGAAUCGGAAUGGCUAUGGCACUCGAAUUACAUCGAGAAUUUGACCUCAAGACUAGGGUGACACCAGUUGAGAAGGAAAUGCGCCGAAGGUUGUUCUGGACUUGCUACCUGAUGGACCGAUUCAUGGCCUGCGGAUCCAAACGCCCUUCAUUAAUCGCAGACAAAUGUAUUCUACUUCGUCUCCCAUCUUGGACGCCAGGACCUACAUCUCUCCCUGUAGAAGGAGAGUUCUUCCAGAACGGGUCCAAUCUACAAUACCACUCCGGAUCAGGGAAGAAGAGCCAAGGAAGCAGUGGGAUGCUUAUUGACAUCGUCCGCAUCCUCGGCAUCACAAAUAGAUAUCUCGCAGCUGGGGGAGUGAAAGGUGAUAGCCACUUUCCUUGGCACUCAUUAUCGAAUCUUUCCAAGAUCCGUCAGGAUCUGGAUAUCUGGGCGUCUGGGACACAAGACGUCUUUACCUCUAUCGACACUCUAUUCGGUCAGCCGGAUAGCACGACUCUAGUGCUGAGCAAACUCAUCUAUCAUCUCAUCCACUGCCUAAUAUACAGACCUUUCCUACCGAUUGAUCUAGCUGAGUUGGCAGGAACGGGACAACAUCAGUCGUGGCAGAUAGAAGCUACGAAUCUGUGUUUCCUCCACGCCAAUGCCAUUGCUGAGUUAGUGGAACUCGGCAAACAAUCAGCUACAAUUGAGUGGCCCGCAUUUGUAGGCUACUGCAUUUGUACCGCAGGCACUGUUCAUGUCCACGGAACGCACUACAACGGGUCGCGAGAAGGCGAAGUAUUCUCUGCCUCGGCGGAGUUCCUCUCCCGAGAAAUGCAACAACUCUCAGAACUCCGCUACGCCUGGUCUUCCGUCCAGCACCAGCGAGACACUCUCCAAACCAUUUACGGAUGUCACUCAGAACUUGUCAAAUCCCUAGCCAGCAACCCGAUGCGCUACAGUCCAGUCUUCCACCUUGAGGAUUUCUUCGAUCGGUAUUCAGACCUCGGCCAAUUCUUUGACGGUGCACAUAUCUCCUUCUCCGACAUCCUACCUGAAUCACUGUCCCAGGAAACGUAUACAGGCCACGAUCUGUACGCACCCCGAGGCAGCAACGCCUCUCUCGACUUCAAAAACUCCACCAUGAACCACAACGGCAAUGGAGCCAUCGACCCAAGCCACAUCGCCAGCAAACGCAAACAAUCAUCCGCCUCCCGCAAGAAGCACAUCGAUCUAAAACUCGCCCACCGAAACUCCACAUCCCAUCCCAACACCGCAUCUUCCGCCGGAGGACACCCAGAAAACACCCUCAUGUCACCGAACGGCGCAUUGAGCGACCAGAAUCUCGGGAUGUUGCAGCAGCAGCAGCAGCAGCAACAUCAUAUGAUGGACCAACAACCCCAACCACCCAUGACCCCGUUUCAAAAUCCAAACACCAACGGCACAUCCAGCAAUAGCAACGGCAACAACAACGGCAUCCCCACCCUCUCCCAAACGCCCUUCUCCCCACCCUACUCAUUCGCCACCCUCGGCUCCUCACAACACCAAAACCAACACCAACACCAACACCAACACCAAGUCCAACACCAGCACCAACAAGCCCUCCCGCACCAACAACACACCAACCAAAGCGACUACGACCCCAUGUUCGGCAUGCCCAACAUGGGAUUCAACUACAACACCAACUCUGCCCUCACCGGCGGCGGCGGCGGCGGCGGCGGGAUGAACAACCCUGCUGCUGUGGGAGUAGGAGGAGCCAUGCAGCAGGAGGGAAUGACGCCCGGGGCGAGGAGUGUAGGCGAGCAUAGUAAUGGGACUGCGGGGACGGAUGAGAAGGAUCCGUUCUUGAGCCUGCUGGAGCAGUUGGCGGAGAAUGAGAAUAGUAUGCGGGGGCCGAGUGAGUUGGAUUUCUUUUUGAGUGGGGGGACGGUUUAG